AUGAAAGAACCAAUCCCACCGCCCACAGAUACUAUCCCUAGCUCGUCCUUUCCAUCAUCAAAGCAACUACGCUUUCUUGUCAUCGGUGCCGGCUCUCGCGGAAACGCCUAUGCUCGCGCCGUCACAACCGCAACACCCGGUGUAAUCCACGCAAUUGCCGAACCCCACGCAUUCAAACGGUGCGAGUUUGGACGGAGAUACAUAUGGGGCGUAUCGGAAUCCUCCCAGGAGGGCCAGGAAUUCACAGAUUGGCGCCAAUGGCUGCAGUGGGAACUCGAGCGACGGAAGCGGGCGACCCAAAACAAUGGCGAUAACGCAGCAGACACAACCUCAAUUCCCGUGGGCGUAGAUGGUGUCUUCGUCUGCACACUGGACGAAACGCAUGUCGAGAUCCUGCAAGCUCUCGCUCCACUGCAGCUACACAUCCUCUGCGAGAAGCCACUAGCCCUCUCGCUAGACGACUGUCUCACAGUAUACCGAGCCCUCCAACCUCCAGAAGGCCCAAACAACACCCCCCAAGCCCCAAAGAACAUCUUCUCAAUCGGACACGUACUCCGCUACAGCCCGCAUAAUAUUCUCCUCCGCAACCUCCUCUUGACAGACCGCGUAAUCGGCGACAUAGUCUCCCUAGAACACUGCGAGCCAGUAGGCUGGUGGCACUUUUCGCACAGCUACGUCCGGGGCAACUGGCGACGCGCAACAGCAGCAGGCGACGGCUCUCUCCUCACAAAAUCCUGCCACGACAUCGACUUCAUCCUCUGGCUCCUCUGCUCCCCACCCUCACCCGAAACAGCAUCCAAACAAGCCCACAAGCCACACUUCCCGCGCUCGAUUUCGUCCGCCGGCACAAUGACGCAGUUCCGUCGAAAGCGCAAACCUAUCUCCGCAGGCAACGCUACAAACUGUCUCUCCUGCCCCGCUGAACGUGACUGUAACUACAGCGCAGUUAGAAUCUAUAAUGACCGCCACCUCGCGACAGGUCACACGGCUUGGCCGGUUGACAUCGUCUGCCCGGAUAUCGAAGAUGUGUUCCGUGCCCAAGGCGGCAAGGCCGCCGAGUCCCUGCUCCUCUCCCGUCUUGCCGAGGACUAUGACCAGGGUACGAUGCCGGACUCGGAUAUUGCUGCGCGACCUUGGUACGGGCGGUGCGUCUACGAAGCUGAUAAUGAUGUCUGCGAUGAUCAGAUUGUGACAUUUGCUUGGGAUGAUGAGGAGACGGCGCCGCAUCGGCUUGCUAAAACGGCCAGUUUCCAUAUGAUUGCGCCCACGGAGAAACAGUGUGAGCGUCGGGGCCGUGUGUAUGGUACUACUGGCGAGGUCUCGUAUGAUAGCAGGACGAUUUCUGUCUAUGAUUUCGCCACGGAGAAGACAGAAGUCUUCGAUGUGCCAAAGCCACCCCCGGGACAGAACGAGUCGCAUGGUGGUGGGGACUUUGGGCUUGCGAGGCAGUUUGUUAGUGCGGUUGAGGCAGUUGAGGGGGGAUUGGAUGUUGAGACGGCGCAAGCGAGGUUUGUUGGGUGUUCGCUUGAGGAGGCGGUGCGGAGUCAUGCUGUUGUUUUUGCGGCUGAGGAGGCGAGGAGGGAGGAGAGGGUUGUUAACUGGGAGAGCUGGUGGGGGGAGAAGUUGAGAAUUUCUGCUGAUGCGUGGAAGGCGUAA